UAAAAGGGUGCUGUCGAGGGCAAACGGCACUUAGUUACAUGGAGGGAACGGUAAUAAAUUGAAAACUGCUGUGAAACAAGUGGCUGUGCACGUGCCCACUUUGGGACUCAGUUGAAUGUUAUAAAAGACUGUGUGUGGACGUCUGUCAAGAGUUACAGCACCUUGUGAUGAUGAUGUUGCACGGAGGACUAGUGUGGGCGCUUGCUUACAGCUGCUUGUUGGGGCCCUUGGCGAGUUUUGUCGGAGGUCUUGACAAGAAUCCAGACACCGAUCUGCCCACUCCGGACCUGGCAUCGAAGUACGGAUACCCCUUGGAGGCUCACAGAGUGGUAACCGAUGACGGUUACAUCCUGGAGAUGCACCGCAUCCCUUUCGGAAGAUUCGAUAAUCGUCGGAACCACCGGAGCCACCGUCCACCGGUCCUUCUCCAGCACGGUUUGGGCGGUAGCUCCGCCGAUUGGGUCCUCACUGGCCCUGAUAAGGCACUCGCGUACAUGCUGGCGGACGACGGCUAUGACGUCUGGUUGGGCAACAAUCGUGGGAAUAUUUACUCCCGUCAUCAUCGCAGUAUUCCACCGAGCAACAGAACUUUCUGGGACUUCAGUUACCACGAACUGGGAAUUUACGAUCUACCAGCGAUGAUAGAUUACGUCCUGGUGAAGCUCGACAGGUCGAAACUCCUCUUCAUUGGCCAUUCCCAGGGUACAACGCAAUUUUGGGUAAUGACCUCGGAGAGGCCGGACUACAAUGACAAGAUCUCGUUGGCUGUUGGCCUUGCACCCGCAGCCUUCACCAGCAGCUUGCGGGGCCCUGUUACGACACUCGCACAGCUGACAUACUUCGGUGUGUGGGUCGGGGAGAGGUUCGGCUACCCUGAAUUCGGGUCUCGAUCGCCCUGGGGAAAAUUCGUGUCCAACCUGAUUUGCCAUGGUGGAGCACCGACGCAAUUUCUCUGCAGCAACGCGCUGUUUCUUGUCGCUGGUUUCAGCGCAGGUGAACUGGACAUGGCGAAUUUAACCGUAAUCAUAGGGCACGUGCCCGCCGGAGCCUCGUGGAAGCAAUUCGUUCACUUCGGUCAGGGUUUUAUAAAGCCAGGUCACUUUAGAGCAUUCGAUUACGGCGACAACAACCCCAAAAAUCAGAAGCUGUAUAAUUCCCUGGUGCCCCCGGACUACCAUCUUGAAAGAAUUCGUGCACCAGUGGCGCUCUUCAGCAGUGAUAACGACUGGUUGGCAACACCAGAGGACGUCAGCCGUUUGAGAUCGAAACUGAGCAAUGUUGUCAUGGAUUAUAAAGCACCAAAUACAUUCAAUCAUUAUGAUUUCCUCUGGGGUAACUCGGCGCCUCAAUUGGUUUUUGAACCUGUCCUGCGAUUGCUGAGUCGAUAUCGAUGAUUGAUUCAUUUUAACCUACAUCGCACAGUUCAAAUAUUUGUAUCUAGUCAGUACAACAAAAUUCCAAAGCAGUUACAUAUUUGCACGUUUUCUUAUGAUUAACUUUUGUAUUACAAAAAUCCGGAUCUAAAAUUGUAAAAAUAAACAAGAGUGAAGAAGAAAAUGAGACUCGAUCACUGAGUAUUAUUAUUGUUUAUAUAAAAAUGGCUGCAAAUUACAAGUGGAGAACUUUUACUACUGUUGUACCUCUGGAAAAUGCAAUGAAUCGAGAAGUGAGAUUGAUUUGUCGACUAGUUUUAAAUAAAAUAUCCCCUUCACUAUUCAAUAUCAACAGUUAACAUCAAAACAUCGACUACAUUCUCGUGUUGAUACUGAUUACGAAAUUUCUUCACCUCCCUCUGCCCUAAUCAGCGAUAAACGAUUAUUUUUGUCAUCGUUGGAAUGUUGAGAGCGUUGUUAACAAGCUCGUGCAAAUGGGGAUGAACUGAGCGGCUGAUGGCGUUGAUUGGCCAUCUGGCUAAUCUCACCUUCAGGACGAUUCAAUUUGAUACGAUAUCAAUUAUAUAAAUAAUAAGUUAACCCGUCCCCGAAAUCAGUCGGCACAUUUCCAAUGACUAUGGCAGGAGGAAGGGCAUUCGAGGGGAUGUUUACCUUUACCUUGAUUCUUCUCGUGGCCCUUGCGGGGCUCAAUGACGCAAGGGUGUCACCGAAAACCCCCAUCGGCCGCAAAUCCAUAUCGAAAAGUAACACGGAAUAUAACGAAGACGCACAU